UUUCGAAUGCGCAGGCGCAGCGAUCAAUGGAGAAAAAAGAAAGAAAAACACCAUAACCUCACUUUAAAGAGCAAGGAAUUGGAGUAACAUACUAACAUAACCAAAGUUUUGAACGGAGAAUCGAAAGCGUUACAAGAUUUAUUUCAGACAUUGCGACUAGAAACAAUGCAGACCAUGAGAAUAAUGAACACCCUGACAAUGGGACUCUGCGAGACAUUUGUUCCAAAUUCUGUCUACACACAGUGCGUGCGUUGGAAGAGAAAACCAAUUUGGCUGCCCACGGCAAAAUCUAAAGUAUUUCGUGUACCAAAAAGGCCUGUCAUACCAAUCGAGGAGAAGGAGGAGCUCCAACGUUUAUAUAACAAUUACAAGACAUAUAUGACAUCAUUUAGGGCAUAUUUAUGGCAAAUUGCACAAAAGAACAAGGUACAACUUGAUAAAGCAGAUAAUGUACAGCUCGAAGAGGAGGAUUUUAAGAAGUGCAGUGCUAUAAAUGACGAGUGGAAUGCAGAAAUAGCGGAGAAACGAGAGAUCAGGCUAGAGGAGAUGAGAGCAGAACGUAGAAAUACUAUCCUUCAGAAUUUAUUAAGACAUGAGCAGAAGAAGGAGAUGAAGAUUGCGAGGCUUAACGAAUUGGUUAGAAAAGUCAAGGAAGAAUCUGUCACAUUCAUUACCGCGGAGAAUGUGGACGCUGCAAUCGAGGAGUGUCUGACAAAGGUCGUCAAUCAUAAUCGCGCAUUAGAUUUGGAAGGAAAUUGGCACGAAGGAAAGUAUCCUCCUGUUCCACCUCUUGAAGAGACACAAAAAUCAAUGGCUGUUGAGCAAUAACGUUCAAAAAUUUAAUAUCUAGGUUACUUAAAGAAGUAAAAAACCAAAAUUUAUUAAACCUAUACUUUUUCAAGUAAUCUAAACUUUUGGAAUAAUGAUGAUAAUCAUGAUAAGUACGAGCUGUUGUAUUAUAGAUUGUAAUAAAUAUAAAAUAGAUACUCCAAUAUUGUUCCUCA